CGUUGAAACUAGACCAACUGACUGCAAGAUUAYAACUCAAGUUGGUUUUUUAUUGCUACUGCCAUGUUGAGUAUUUUCGCUUUUUGUAUUCUGGUUUUGAGCCCAAUCUCCUUGUCUGCAGAUAUCGAUGAAUGCAAACAGAGCCARUGUAAAGCAAACACAARGUGUAUCGAUACAAUCGGCUCGUUCCGCUGCGACUGCAAAMAGGGUUAUGAACRAAAAGACUUCUUUUCUUGUAAAGAUAUCAAUGAGUGUCUAUCUAGUAACCACCAUUGUGACUACAAAGUGUCCGACUGUAUCAAUAACGAUGGAGGCUACUCCUGUAGAUGUCGCCAGGGAUACACAAAGUCUUCGCAGUAUGGCUGUAGAGACGUGGAUGAGUGUAAGGAAGGUUCUCAUCAGUGUCAAGCCGCUACAUCGACCUGCAUUAAUACAGUCGGUAACUACUAUUGCAGCUGCAAAAAUGGAUAUCACCAAGGAAAAGACAACAAAAUUUGCAUAAAGGACAAGUGUGGUCCGAUGUCAGUCCCGUAUCAAAGUUCCGUAUCGCCGUCACGAUGCACACAAUCCGAUGCUAAUUACUAUGGUGAUGUGUGUACGGUCUCAUGUAACCAUGGUUACGAGCUUGAAGAUUCUAACGUCAACACGGUCAAUUGUGGUGCAGGUGGACGCUGGAUUGGUGUACCAAGAUGUCAGCGUGUCAAGUGCCCACCAUUGAAACCACUUUUAAAUGGAAGGCUAAUUCCUUCAACAUGUACUACCGUUGGCAAUACGUAUCAAGGACAGUGUACUUAUCUAUGUAACAACGGCUACCAGAGAAGUGGCUCAACAUUAAGGGAAUGUCAAGCAGAUAGGACUUGGACUGGAUCAGUGCCUACCUGCAUCAAACUGGUUGCCAAACCUACGGUCAGGUGUCCUGCUGAUAUAACCGUAGACUUGGGAAGCGGUCAAAAGACAGCUGAUGUCAGUGCCGUGUGGAAAGACCCAACGUAUACAGGUGAUAUUUUAGAAGUCAAGCCAAGCAAUGUCAAUGCUAAGUACCAGUUCCCUGCCGGAAUGACAAGAAUCACGUGGACAGCUAAAAAUAGCGCAGGUUCUGAUUCCUGUUCUAUUCUGGUUAUUGUGAACGACAAGGAAGCCCCCAAGAAAGUCAGCUGUCCCAGCGGUCCAGUCGCGCUCACGACAAAAACAAACAACGCCCAGGUCUCGUGGCCUAAGCCAACAUUCUCUGAUAACGUAGGCGUUACCAAGGUAACAUCAACACAUACUAGUGGUCAAACAUUCGAUGUUGGCUCAUGGAAUGUGUACUACACUGCAUCAGACGCUGCGGGAAAUCGCGCUGUCUGUAAAUUCGAAGUAAUCGUUAAACGGGCACCAUGUCCAUCUCUUUCUSCACCUCAUGGAGGGACUGCGUCAUGCAAAAGCUUUGGUCARACUCAUUAUUGCCAAGUUUCAUGCCCUAGUGGCAAACAAAUUUUCAAUAAUCCAUCGCCGUAUAGCUUUUGGACUUGUACAACYGCUAGUUGGUCUCCAAGCAAGAAAAUACCAGAUUGCGUUGCGGCAACUCUUAACAAGGAUGGUUCUGCUUGCAGUGGUAAUCAAGUUAAAAUGACCAUUAAAGGAGCAGUAUCUACUGACAACUAUUGUGCCGACUGCCCGACCGGUGCGUAUUCAUCGCGCGGUAGCUGUGUACCGUGUUCAUCUGGUWAUUACCAGGAUCAACAGGGACAAUCUUCCUGUAAAAAAUGUCCUUCGGACUCAUCAUCUUAUCCUGGUGCUACUGAUAUCAAACUUUGUAGAGCUGUUUGUCGUCCGGGACAUUAUGCGAAGGAUGGUAUGGACCCUGGCUGCCAAUUAUGUCCCAGGGACACUUAUCAGAAUCUAAAGAUGGCCACUACCUGUAAGCCAUGCCCCAAAGGGACCACAACCCUGAGUCCAGGCCGAACUUCACUAUCAGACUGUGGAGUUAAACCACAAAUUACUAAACUCACACCGAAGACGAACACAAUCGAUGAAAAAACAACRACUUCUAUAAGCUGUUACGCCACAGGGGUACCAACACCGAACAUUAAGCUCAAAUUCAGGAAAGUAUUCCCUCCUGAGUUUCUUGGAAAGGAAACAAGAGAUUUCAUCAAAGAUUCCAAUGGCAAAAUUAUUGGAAUCAAGCUCACAAUUUCAGGCGUUACACCUGAAAACAGUGSYCGCUAUGAAUGCAGCGCUACGAACUCAUUUGGUAUGGUCAUGGACAUUGCUAGUUUGACUGUAAACAAGGUGUUUGGAUCUGGUGGUGGUCCAAGUAUGGACGAGGAAGAGCUUUGGUAAAGUAAAGAGAGUUUGUCAACGGGUUGCUUUAAUGUGCUGAAGUACUUUGAUUGUUUUCUUUUCCAUUAUUUCAAAUAUCAAUAAAGUUUGAUGUCAACUCAUA